AUGAAUAGCUUGAUGCUGGUGGUACAGAGAGAUCUCAAAGUCUGUGAAACAGAUGCAGUUUCAGGAGCACUCAGGAAGUGGCAAAGUUUCCAAAACUGGAGCACAGCACUGUGGGUGGUGACAAAGUUCUACCAGCAUGUCCUGGCUUUGGUGUUUGCCAUAGACGAGAUCAAUGGCAGUCCCAAGAUCCUGCCCAAUGUUACUCUUGGGUUCCAUAUCUUUGACAGCUACACUGAUUCACAGAUGACCUAUCGUGCCACUCUGGACUUGCUCUUUAACUCUGAUCUAUUUCUCCCCAACUACAAAUGUGGCAUUCAGAAAAACGUAAUAGGAGUCAUUGGUGGACUUAGCCUUGAUAUCUCCUCACUCAUUUCAGACAUCUUAAGUCCUUACAAGGUUCCACAGAUUUCAUAUGGCUCAUUUAAGUCUGCAGUGAAAGAUCAAACCAAUUCCCAUUCCUUUUACCGCAUUGUCCCCAAUGAAGACCUGCAAUACCAGGGACUUGCCCAGUUACUAAUGCAUUUCAGGUGGAAAUGGAUUGGACUCAUUGCUGCAGAUGAUGAGGGUGGAGAUCACUUCUUGCAGACCAUGGAACCUCUGCUUUUGCAGAACAGAAUCUGUUCAGCAUUCACAGAAAGGUUUGAAAACAAUGUAUAUAUAUAUGAUCUAUAUCAAAUGGCCUUUGACAAAUUUAGGGUUUUCAAAACUAUCAUGGAGAGCAAAGCCAAGGCAGCUGUAGUACAUGGAGAAUCUACGGCCAUUACAUGGUUGGAAUUUUAUAUAUAUGGAAGCAGAAUUCCACUAAUAUAUCCUCAGUAUAAAAAGGCAUCUGCAGCAAAAGUAUGGAUAACAACAGCACAAAUCGAUUUCAGAAUAAAUACCUUGGGAAUGGCUAUUGGAUUUGAUAUACAGUUGCUCCAUGGUGCCAUCUCCUUUACAAUUCCAUCAAAGGAGCCUCAGGGCUUCCAUGAAUUUCUUCAGCUUGUAAAUCCUUCAUGGGAAAAUGAAGAUGGUUUUGUUCAGGAUUUCUGGGAACAAGCAUUUGGUUGUUCACUUUCAGACUCAAUUCUGCGUUUAACGGGUAAACUAUGUACAGGAGAGGAGAUGCUGGAGAGCCUUCCAACAUCCCUUUUUGACAUGAGCAUGAGUGGCCACAGCUAUAGUGUAUAUAACGCUGUCUACACUGUGGCACAUGCCUUACACAUGUUCUACUCUACUAGAGUCAACCACAGAACAACGGAGAGUGGAGAAACACUGUCUCCUGAGAAUAUAGAACCCUGGCAGCUCUACUCACUGAUUCAGACAAUCUCAUUCAACAAUAGUGCCGGUGAUGAAAUUACAUUUGAUGAACAUGGAGAAUUUGAGGGAGGAUUUGAUAUUACAAACUUUGUCACCUUCCCAAAUAAGUCCUGUGUCAAGGUCAAAGUGGGAAGGUUGGAUCCUCAUGCUCCUCCAGGCAAAGAAGUCACCAUUAAUGAGGACAUAAUCAAAUGGCACCGAGACUUGACUCAGGUGCCACCUCUUUCUCUCUGUAAUAACAACUGCCAUCCUGGUUACAGCAAGAAAAAGAAGGAGGGGAAGAAAUUUUGCUGUUAUGAUUGUGCUCCAUGUCCAGAUGGGCUGUUCUCAAACCAGAAUGAUAUGGACAUUUGUGUCAAUUGUCCAGAAGGUCACUAUCCUAACAAAUUCCAGGAUCAAUGCAUUCCUAAAAUUCCAAAUUUCCUAGAUUUUGAGGACACUUUGGCCAUUAUUUCAUCCUCGUCUAUAGUUUUGUUGAUUCUGAUCACAGCUCUGGUUCUUGGCAUCUUCAUUAGGCACCGGGACACUGCCAUAGUCAAAGCAAAUAACCGAAGCCUCACCUACACUCUCCUCAUCUCCCUCCUCUUGUGUUUCCUCUGUUCCUUGCUAUUCAUCGGAAAACCCAAUAAAGUCACCUGCCUUCUUCGACAAACUGCUUUUGGCAUCAUCUUCUCUGUGUCCCUCUCAACCAUCUUGGCAAAAACUGUGUCUGUGGUCUUGGCCUUCAUGGCUACCAAACCAGGAUCAUGGAUGAGGAAGUGGGUUGGAAAAAGAUUGGCAUACUCCAUUGUCCUCUUGUGCUCCAAUAUUCAAGCAGGCAUCUGUGUUCUGUGGCUGGCAAUGUCUCCUCCAUUCCCAGAUUUUGACAUGACCUCAAUGGUGGAAGAAAUUGUCCUGCUGUGUAAUGAAGGGUCAGUCCUCAUGUUCUAUUUUGUUUUGGGCUACAUGGGUCUGCUGGCCAUUGUCAGCUUCACUGUGGCCUUCCUGGCCAGGAAGUUGCCUGACAGUUUUAAUGAAGCCAAGUUCAUCACCUUCAGCAUGUUGGUCUUUUGCAGUGUUUGGCUUUCCUUUGUCCCAACCUACCUCAGCACACAAGGAAAAUCCAUGGUGGCUGUGGAGAUCUUCUCCAUCUUGGCCUCCAGUGCUGGGUUAUUCAGCUGCAUCUUUUUCCCCAAAUGCUACAUUAUCGUGGUGAGACCUGAGUUGAACAACAGAGAGCAGCUAAUGAGAAGAAAGAUGUAA